AUCAUGGACUGCAGAGACUGGAAAUGGAGCUGCUACCUUUGUGUAUAUAUUCACUUGCUCUGAUUGCUCCUCUCCUCAUUGUGGCCAUGGGAGACCUCAAGCAUUUGGUUGUGGCUAAGUUCAAGGAAGGGUUAGUGGUUGAAGAGAUAAUUCAAGAGAUGGAGAAGUUACUGAAGGAGAUUGAUGCAGUCAAGUCCUUUGAAUGGGGACAGGAUACUGGAAGUGAGGAGAUGCUUAGACAAGGGUUCACCCAUGUCUUCUUGUUGACAUUUCGUAGUUCAGAAGAUUUCACUGCAUUCCUUGGUCAUCCUCGCCAUGUUGAGUUCUCUGCCACUUUUUCUGCAGCAAUAGAGAAAAUAUUGUUGCUUGAUUUCCCUGCUGUUGUUGUCAAGGCUCCUACUGCAUGAUUAGGAGUGAAUUUUAUCUCUAUGAAGAUUUCUGGCUUUUGUAUCUCAAGAUGGAAUUAUACAUUUAUAUGGGAACCAAGCUUGAUCUGUUUCUGUCUUGAUGGACCGCACAAGUCCAAUAAUAAUAUGUUCUAGUUGCAUGCUCCAUCUAUGUUUGUAUGGGUUUCUGUGUUUUUGAAUUUAAGUUGAAAGCUAUGAAGUAUGAACUGAGCUAUUUGCAAUUGACCAAA